UGUAACUGCGUCCCUUCGGCUCACUCGGUGCUUUUUGGAGAAACAAGUGGACAGACAACAGCACGAGCUCCGGAGACAGAACUUCUCCCGGUGGUUCCUUAAUAGUCUCAACCUGUUUCUUUUGAGAGCAGACGAGCUGGCUUGCGCCUUUCAGAUUUAUUGGCUGGGAAACACUACAGACAAACACUGACAGGUUUUGUGAUUGAUUAAUUGCAGUGGACAUCUCAAUGUGGACACAGCGUUGAGGCUGCCAUAUUGUCUAUGCUGUUAAAUGUCCUCUGGGAUAAAAGAGGGGACACACUGAGAGUCAACUGAUCCGAAGAGGUCAGGCGCACUCUGACCUAUACCUCUUGCAGGAGGACAUGGAGGUCCUGCGGCGGUCCUCUGUGUUUGCAGCAGAGGUCCUGGAUGUGUUUGACCGGUCGUUGACUGAGAAGGAGCUGGUGUCCCAGUCUAGGGCCUUGUGCAGAGACUACAUAAUGUCCAGACUCAACCAGAAUGGACUGGGAUGGUCCAAAACUGAACUCAACCUCUCUCCCUCGAACGCAGCACUCACUGAUGUGUCUUUGGUGCUUCUCUGUCUUGGCGACGAGCUGGAGUGUAUACAGCCCAGUUUGUACAGGAACGUGGCGCGGCAGCUCAACAUUUCUGUUGCCAUGGAGAACAUGGUCUCGGAUGCCUUCAUCGGUGUGGCGACAGAAAUCUUUUCAACAGGUAUAACAUGGGGAAAGGUGGUAUCCCUGUAUGCAGUAGCCGGAGCCCUGGCUGUAGAUUGUGUCAGACAAGGCCAUCCAACCACCGUUCACAUCUUAGUGGACAGUCUGGGACAUUUUGUCCGCAAGUUUCUGGUUCCCUGGCUGAAGAGACGGGGAGGAUGGGCAGAGAUCACAAAAUGUGUGGUGAAGAGGGAUCUCAACCUUGAACACCACUGGCUGUCCUCUGCCAUCGAGUCCUUGAAGUACUUCCUCACUACAAUGUACAUCUACAUCAUGAAAGAACAAUGAACAGCCGAGACACAGCGUACCGAAGUUAUCAUCACUGUUUGAUGUGAGAAUCUCACUUCAAAUCUUGUUAAUUCAUGAUGGAGUGGAGUUGGUCGUUGUACUGGAUGGGAGGGACUGAGCCUGCCAGCCGAUAUCUUGCCAUCAACACGUUUCAUCUGCAUCAUGUUUGUUAUCUCGGUGUCAGAUAAGUCUGAUUACCCUUCAUUCAAAGGGUAGUCGCGGUGAUAUUUAAGAUCAUAAACAGUGAUGGAACAAGUUUGUGUCACUCGACCUCUUCUAGAUAUUGUCACACUGCUUACACCAGUGCAGUAAACCAGCUUCUCCAGUGUUGUAACUGUAAUGUAUGAUGGUGUUGGGGCUGAAUGUGAGCAAUGGGAGGCUGUUUGCACUCCUGAGCAAAACUGUUCAAAGCUUUCAUGUGAUGUUUGUCUCUGGAAAUACACCUGAAGGAGUAAUGAGGGUGACGGUAAUGAAAAGUGAUGCUCAGCUGGCUGGGUCUUGUUAGUUUUAUGAAUCCUCCUGAGUCUGAAAAGGAGCGACAUUGUUUCACUCACUCAUGGGUUUACACCUAAGCGCGAUAUCAGAUGGUAUCAACUGCUGACACUUUUGAUUCACACUAUUGUACUUUACCAAAGCACAAACAGUGUCUCUUUCCAUAUAUGAUCCAAAAUGUUGUGACCUAACUUUCUGCUGCAGUUCUACACACUUAGAAAUGUUGGGUCUCAUUUUGCCCAUUUUUGGCCAAAGAACGUAAAGACAGAGGAAUGGUUUGUACUGCAUCCAUAUAUUUUGGUGGUACGGAUUUGCUUUUAAAUCUGUAAAUAGUUCAUUUAUGUUUUUUAUUUUUAAGAUUUUGAUUAAGACUUCAACAAUUGAAGCCACUACAGUAUAAAGACAGGAUGAUUGUAUGGUAUGAAUGAUGGUUGUCCCUUUUUGUUUAUAAAUGCGUGUGAACAUUUUUAAAAAAUCCAUAAUAAACUUAACAAUCUUCA